AUGAAGUUUGAAGAAAGCGUUGAAAGCAAUGGAAGCCUUAUAAGAAGGAGUCAGCCGUUUCCAGGUGAGAGUCAUCAGGCAAAUGGCAAACCAAAAGCCAAUGGGAAAGCUGAGGCCUAUGUAAAGCAGGAGGCCAGCAAGUACUGCAAGGAGCCUAGGAACGGUCUUAGCAUGUACACCUGGCAGGAAAUAAAGAAACACAACCAGAACUCAGACCAGUGGCUGGUAAUCAACCGUAAAGUUUACAACAUUACAGACUGGGCCAACAGACAUCCAGGUGGGCGCCGGGUCCUCAACCACUAUGCCGGGGAAGAUGCCACGGAUGUCUUCAGAGCCAUGCACCUGGACCUUGAUGUUGUACAGUUGUACCUUAAGCCAUUACUCAUUGGAGAACUUGCCCCAGAAGAACCCAGCCAGGAGAGAAACAAAAAUUCCCAGUUGGUAGAAGAUUUUCGACAACUACGGAGGACAUUAGAGGCUAUGAACAUGUUUGAUGCUAACUUCACAUUCUUUUUCCUUCACCUCACCCAAAUACUGAUUUUGGAAUUCCUGGCGUGGCUAAUACUAUAUCACUUUGGCAAUGGCUGGACAGUCACAAUAUUUGUUUCUUUCAUUCUUACAGUUUCCCAGGCUCAAAGUGCAUUUUUGCAGCAUGACAUAGGACACCUUUCCCUAUUUAAGAAGUCCAAGUGGAACCACCUGAUGCACAAAUUUGUCAUGUGUCAUCUCAAGGGCUUGUCAGUAAACUGGUGGAAUAACCGACACUUUCAACAUCAUGUAAAACCAAACAUCUACCCCAAAGACCCAGAUAUUGACAUGGGCCCACUUUUUCUGCUUGGAGAUUAUCAACCUGUUAAGUAUGGCAAGAAGAAAAUCAAAUACAUUGACUAUGAAAAGCAGCACCUAUACUUCUAUAUGGUUGGGCUUCCCCUCCUCAUGCCUGUAUAUUUCAACCUGCAAUCCAUGCAAGUGAUGUACCUUCAUAAGUACUGGGUGGACAUUGCCUGGGUCAGCAGCUUUUACAUCCGACAUUUCAUUACAUUUUACCCUUUCUAUGGAAUUUUUGGAAGCUUUCUGCUUAUAUAUUUGGUCAAAUUUCUGGAAAGUCCCUGGAUUGCUUAUGUUACUCAGAUGAGCCACAUACCCAUGAAAAUGAGCAAAGAGGAGAAUCGGGACUGGCUCAGCACUCAGGUCUUGGCAACUUGUAACAUUGAACAGUCUUUUUUCAAUGAUUGGUUUACUGGGCACCUGAACUUUCAAAUUGAGCACCAUCUCUUCCCUACAAUGCCUCGCCAUAAUUACUACAAAGUGGCACCUCUGGUGAAGUCACUGUGCGCCAAGCAUGGAUUGCAGUAUGUGAAUAAGCCCAUGUUGCAGGCGUUUGGAGAUAUUGUCAGGGCCUUGAAGAAAUCUGCAGCCCUCUGGAUGGAUGCCUACUAUGAAACAUGA